AUGGAGACCGAACGUCAAGCAAGAAAGCCUAAACUGUCCGAACACUUAUUGGAAUUAAAGUUUAUGCAACGUACUCAUCAAAAACUUCGCAUAAACGACGAAAACGCUAGACAUCUCGCAAUUAAUGGUGAAUCCCAAUGGUGGCUAAAUUAUGAAGAUGUAGAAAUUGGAAAGCCCAAACUCAAUGUCAAAUAUUGCCCAAGCUAUUUCUCUUGUAUAAAUAAACCAAUAUCAGGAAGAAUGUCAUUUGGAAAACCUGCCAAAAAAGAGGAACCUGAGAUUAUUACAUUAGAUGACGGCGAUGACGAUGUCAUAUUAGUUGGUCAAAAAUCUGCUGUUCCUUCGAAGAGUAAGCGCAAACGUGAUCCUAUUCUACAAGCCCGAAAAAAAAGAUUGGUUAAUGUUCAAAGUGAGCAUAUAGAUGAGUGCAACGAUGAUGAAGUGCCUAAAACAAGAUAUAAUUUAAGGUCUAGAAAACCUGCUCAAGAGAUAGUUGCACCUAACAUUGAGAACAAUCGGACUAUCGGAUUUAUGAAACCACCGGAGUGA